CCCACGGAAAUGGGCGAGCAUAAUCUUCUUAAUCCCGGGUUUGUGGGACCUUUGGUAAACAUCCACACUGGAGACACUUUUUACUUUCCGAAUUUCCGAGCCUCGGUGGGACAACUGGCGGGGCUACCAUCUCUCCCCUACCCGAGAAGGGACAACGUUUGCUCCCUCCCGUGGAACCCAUCGGAGCCCUGCAAUGGAUACUCUCAAUCCUAUUUUAGCAGCCCCAUGUCUAUUAACCCUUCUUUCAACGGGUCGUGUGAAAUUACUCGGCCGGAGGAGAGUAAAUGUUAUUAUAGCAACGGCAGCGCGAGCAGCAGAGAGAGCUGUUCAGGUGGUGGCGGGAGCAGCCUAAAGCGAGAGGAUAGGGCGAGGGACACAUCAUCAUCCAUAACAUCUGAUCACGGGAUGCACUCUGGCAUGGGCAGCAACAACAGUGGUGCCUUUUCCAAGUAUGAUUAUGGGACCGAGCAACUCAUUCAAGACCCGCCGUCCUGCCAAUCUCUGGAAUCCGAUUCCAGCUCCUCACUUUUCAAUGAGGGCAGCAAACCUUCCUCCAGCGACCCUCAGACCCUACUGUCACCGGGAAAACACACCGUCCACUCGGGCAACAUAGCUGCAGGCGGAGGUGCCCCGUGGUACCCGAUGCACACCCGGACCAGAAAGAAACGCAAGCCCUACUCCAAGCUCCAACUGGCCGAGCUGGAGGGCGAGUUCAUGCUGAAUGAGUUCAUCACCAGACAGCGGCGGAGGGAGCUCUCUAACCGCCUCAACCUCAGCGACCAACAGGUUAAAAUCUGGUUCCAGAACCGGCGUAUGAAGAAAAAGAGACUGGUGAUGAGGGAGCAAGCUAUGACCUUCUUUUAGAUUUAGUAGAGACGUGGCACCAUAAGGAAAAUCGAUUGAUAUGCAGUAUUUCUCCUGUCUGCAAUUGCUAUAAAUGCAUGCAUGCACCCACCUAGCCUACUCUCGCUCCAUCUCCAUCAGGAGGUGCAAAAUGUUCAGGAAAGAUUUUAGGUGUAGGCCCUAAGGAAAACGACCAAGUGAUACUCCUGCGAUAAUUUAGAAUAUCUGCAGAGUUAUGCAGGAUAGUACUGCCAUAGUGUUGUAGUAAAACACCUAUAGCCUACAGACGUUUAUCAACUGUGAGAUGAUAUUCUAGCGUCCCGGAUAGGCCUAAAGGACGGAAUUAGUGCAUGAUGUCCUAGACUUUAGUAAAUUCCCAAGCCCUUGAAAAUUAAUAAUUUAUUUUGAUAAAUUACUUAUAAAAGCAUAAUAAUCCUUAUUAGUCGUAUGGCCAGUGAAGAUGAAUUUGAAAACUAAAUUAACUAAAUUAAAAGCAAUAUAAUAAACACGAGGCCAGAGUGAGCGAUAAACCAAUCAGGCCAAUUCUUCACCAAUGUACCUGAAUCAACUUAACGUGCAUUCAAGACGAAGGACAUUGGUUAAGACAAACACAAUACCCUUAUCUGUUUUCUCUAGUCCCCGCCAUGUGUUUUGGCACGUUCACGGUCACGGGCAAGGAGUCAGACUCCAAGCCGCAAAUCAGAGGAUCUUAGGGAUAGCUAAACCUCCAUGCCAACUUCUUUAUGGCCCCGCUCCUCAACCGUCUCUGAACUACUUUGGGGUUGGAUCAGAACAGAUGAGGUGGCUGUUUAAACCCGGGUUCGUGCUGGCUGCUAUCAAAGAUCAUAGUUCUCGUAGUUGUGCUGACAAUUAUUCUUCAAUUAUUCUUCCACAAUAGAGUUGUUGGAGUUUCUUAUUGCAAUAACAAGCAGAGGUAGAUGUCUUCUCCGUAAAUGCACAUCCCAUAGAUAGACUCUCAAUAAACUUUUUGUACCUGAUAUAGACCCCGGAAUAACGGUUGCCGCUGGAAAAGUGCACAUUUGAAUGGGCAUAAUUGAAAGUAGAACUUGACUGAAAAAUAGGCUCAGUGGAAAGAAAUAUCGUAUUAUAAACAUAUAUGACAUACAAAAUCUAAACGCUGGGGUGUGAACCUUUAACUUCUGGGCAACACACAGUAUUAUAGUAUUGAAUGUAUAUGGAUUAAAACCCAGCAGUGAAAGAUACUUGCAGCAUGUUAGUGAUUAUGUGAAAAAUAACCAAAUGGAUGAUAGAUAAUAAUUGCUCGGUACCUUACAACUUUUAAUGUAGAAACAACUGAACGAUUGAAAGACAUUUCGUCGCAUUUUAAGGCGAGUAAAUAUGAACUUAAACCUUUAUUAUGUAUGCAUAUAAUGAUAAUAAUAAUAAUAAUAAUAAUAGCAUUGGUCGGAGGUGCUGACUAUUAUUUGUAGGCUACUGUAUUUGGUAUUCGUUAUGUUCUAAAUGGUGUCUCUUCUUACCUUAUAACGUGUAGCAAAUUGUAAAAGUAUGGAAAUUAUAUGAUAUGAUGCUAUUUACAUCCUAUUUGGGGAUAUCCUAUCUCAAGGAAUAGUGUUUUAUGUUAAUGUUCCAAUAUUUCGUCCUGUAGAAUACAAUCUCGCAUUCCAUUAUUUGCGUUUGUAAGGGGUUAUAUGCAGACCCGUCGCCAGACCUAAGUCUUAAGGGGGGCAUAUGAAAUGCAUGGGAGGGCACGGCACAAUUAUUAUUAG